AUGUACCAAGUGAAGCAGCCAUUCACUUUUUCUCAAGAAACAAAUCCAACCCAAACCGGAGAGAAGGUUGACGUGGCCUUGAAGAAAUACAUGGAGGAGCAGAGAUUGAUCACCAAGAACCUAUAUGAGAAGCUUGAUCACAUGUUUGGUGAUCUAAGCAGCAAGUUUGGGUCUCUCUCUACUCACGUUCAAAAGCUUGAGAUGGCACUUGUUCCUACACUAUCUCAAGGGGAAGAAGAAGAAAAUGAGCCUAAGGAGAGGCACAAACCGGAGAGAUACAGUUGGGAAUCAAGAAGAGCUUACAAGAGAAGACUUGAAGGCAAGCCACUACAAAAACAAGAAGAUCCGGGGAAGUUUGUGAUAACUUCAAGUAUCAAUGGCAUUCAACUCCAUGAUUGCCUAUGUGAUACUGGUGCUAAUGUUAAUCUAAUGUCUCUUGCACUUGCAAAAGACUUGGGAUUCAAGGAAUUCAAGAGCCCCAAGAUAAGAGUCGAGUUCGCGGAUCUAUCGUGCAUGGAACCUUAUGGAAUGCUUGAAGAUGUCAUGAUGGAAAUAGGGGCUGGAGCGGUCCUAAACUACUUUGGGAAUCAUCUAUCUUUUGGCCACAUCCGGCAAGAUAUCUUUUUCCCAAGUGUAAAUUUCAGGUCAGUGCCAAGUGCGACCAAGCUACCACCAGAAGAAGCCACUCUCAUGCCUAAGAAAGAAGCUGUGAUGCAUGGAGAAAGAAGAGAGAGUGAGCGCUACCCAAAACCAAAGGAGAAGAAGAAACCAUUGGAGCCGAGGCAUGAAAAUGUCUUCAAAGAUAUCAACUCCAUCUUACUUCCAACCUUUGACGAGUAUGGAGCUGAAGAGGAGACUAAUGGUGCACCUAAUCUCUUUCACAAGAUAAGAAUCUUUACACCAAAAGAUUCGGAGCUUAAAGGUGACCAAUCCAUUGAAGAGAAGCUUGAGAGAACUAUGAAGCUUUUCCCCAAGGCAUUGGUUUUCAAGAUGAUGUGA